CGCUUUGAGCGCCCGGCCUCAGCGCCGGCUCCCGCGCGCGGGUAGGAGUGGCGCUCAGUGGAGCGUCGUCCGCGGUUUGCGAUUCCCCCCAGGACUCGCCAGAGCACGGCCACUUCCUUCUUUUUGCCCACGCUAGGGACCUAGUCCUCUGCUGGCCUGACUUCCCGUUAGGGUCUCUGGCCGCGUGGCUGCCCAGCGUGACUUACCUUCAGGGCGCGGUCGCGGGAACCUCGCGCGGGAGCUCUGUGCCCAUGAAGAUCUCGCUGGCGACUCCCCAACCCCGCCACCAUGAACGGGGCCCUGAUCCCCCAUACGCCCAUCGCUGUGGACUUUUGGAGCUUGCGCCGGGCCGGGUCCGCACGGCUCUUCUUUCUGUCCCACAUGCACUCGGACCACACGGUCGGUUUGUCUAGCACCUGGGCCCGGCCCCUCUACUGCUCCCCAGUCACGGCUUACCUCGUGCAUCGUCACCUGCAGGUACCUAAGGAGUGGAUCCGGGCCUUGGAGGUUGGCGAGAGCCAUGUCCUGCCUCUAGAUGAAAUUGGGCGAGAGACCAUGACUGUAACCCUCAUUGAUGCCAAUCACUGCCCUGGCUCUGUCAUGUUUCUUUUUGAAGGAUACUUUGGAACCAUCCUCUACACAGGUGACUUUCGGUAUACGCCUUCCAUGUUAAAGGAGCCAGCCCUGAAACUGGGGAAACAGAUCCAUACCUUAUACCUAGACAACACCAAUUGUAACCCAGCCUGGAUUCUUCCUUCCCGACAAGAAGCUGCCCGCCAGAUUGUUGAGCUCAUUCGAAAGCACCCCCAGCAUAACAUAAAGAUUGGACUCUAUAGCCUGGGAAAAGAGUCACUGCUGGAGCAGCUGGCCUUGGAGUUUCAGACCUGGGUGGUAUUGAGUCCUCGGCGCCUGGAGUUGGUGCAGCUGCUGGGCCUGGCAGACGUGUUCACAGUGGAGGAGAAGGCCGGCCGCAUCCAUGCGGUGGACCACAUGGAGGUCUGCCAUUCUGCCAUGCUGCACUGGAACCAGACCCACCCUACCAUCGCUAUCCUUCCCACGAGCCGGAAGAUCCGCCACUCCCACCCCGACAUCCACGUCAUCCCUUACUCUGACCAUUCCUCUUACUCGGAGCUUCGGACCUUUGUUGCAGCGCUGAAACCUGGCCGCGUGGUGCCCAUUGUCAGUCAGCAGCCCUGUAGGGACUACUUUCAGGACAGCCUGAGCCCCAGGCUCUCUGCGCCUCUGAUCCCAGACUCUGUGCAGCAAUAUAUGAAUUCCUCCUCAAGGAAACCAAGCUUCCUCUGGCUGUUGUUAGAAAGGAGGCUAAGGAGGCCACGAACGCAGGGUGUCGUGUUUAACUCCUCUCAGGAAGCUGCUGAUCAAUCUCAAGCUGACAGGGACUCAAAGAAGGCCAAGAAUGAGAACCUUCCUGGGGACCUUGAGAAGCAGGCUUCCCACCAUCCUUUGCAGAUCAAGAAACAGUUGUUCCCGGACCUCUGCAGCAAAGAAUGGGAUGGGGCAGUCCCUAUCUCUGAGUCCCCGAAGAUGGUGACUGCACGGACUGCGAGUCUUUCAGUGCACUUAGAGUCCACAGAUGAGGACUUUCUUCCUCUAGAAACUGGGGAAGAAAGUGGUGUAGCGCCCCACUUGGUACCCAGGGGAAACCAGGAUGGCUUAGCAGCCACAGGGAACCAGAACACCUGGCUGGGUGGGGAGUCUCUCCUGUCUCACAGCAGCAAGGCUGCCCCUCUCCUGGCUCCUGAGUUCAGGGGCCUGGCACUAAAAUACCUUCUGACUCCAGUGAACUUUUUCCAGGCACGGUUCUCUUCUAGGGACUUCGACCAGCAAGUGGAAAAAUACCAUAAACUCUUGCUCAGGUGCAGAGAGGAGAAUGCAGAAUGAUACCUUUGGUUGGUGCAGCCUGCAGUUUUAAAGACUGACUGUUGGCUGGUGAGGAGGUUUGUGACGGGCCUUACUUUCCUAUCUUCACAGGAUCCUUAUGGGCUCACCCUGUAGAAAUAUUUCUCAAAGCAUGUUCAUUGAAAUCCCAGUGCCUACAGACUUAUGAGUUUUAUGGUUGACUGUGUUUAAGAAACACUUCCCAUUACACCCCCUGCAUAGUAUACAUGAGCACACUAAAGGUUCUGAGAAAUCCUGCGGUAAUUUAAUCUGCUUAGCUUUAAUCCAGUAUUUCUCCACCUCUCUGGAACAUGCAGUCCUCUUAUGUGGGUGCAGAAAGAGAUGUGGUCUUAAUCUGAAAGGACCAGGUUAUUCCCAUUGUUUCUUGGUGGGCCAUGUGCCAUUCCCCAUGUCCCCUUCUCCCUCUUCCCAGAUCAAAGAACAUAAGUAGUUACGUUUUUGUUGUUGUUGUUUUAGUCAGGAACUGCACUGCUGGAGGAUAGUGGUGAUCCAGGCAGCACGUUCCAAUCCUGAAUGUCACUGACUUGCCAUGACCCCAUCAAAGAGACUUCCUCUCUUUGCCUCUGGGAGCAAACAGGAAGCAAUGAAGAACCCUGGAACAGGGGAGAGAAACUCCCCCUGCUUCCAUGAGAGUUUACAAUUAGUAUCACAGGCGACUUCUCUGGAACAGAGCCAGCUGGGGAAUUGGGCACCCCUUACCAAGGCCAUACCUGGAACCAGCUGAGCAUUAGACUUAGGGGUACAACGGCCUCCUGGCCGCCUGGAAGCUGUGACUCUUUGGCUGAAAUAAAGUUUUAAUAAAAGAUCAAAUGUGCUGCCAGAUA